AUGGAUCCACACUUAGAAUCUCGCUUGAGCCAGUGGUUGCACGAAAAACAGGAUGAUGAAGAAGUGAUUCAAAGUGAAUCUGAUGAUGGGGAAGAUGGAGUACUACCAAUGCAACAGGAAGACCUGGUACAGGAAGCCGUAAACGAAAACCAUGCGUCAUCGUCUGAAGAUGACAUGCCUCUUUCUGAAAUCGUUCAGAACAAUACACGAGACGAUGUUUAUGUAUCUAGAAAUGGAACACGGUGGAGUAAAACAUGUAUACUGCAUCAAUACGGGUAA